UGUCCCAUCCUCCUCGCGCCGCCACUCCUGUUGUCUCCUCCCGCCUUGGGUUUUUCGCCGAUCCAAAAUCCUCCCUCGAAUUUCCAACCGGACCAAUUCCCUCGUCGUCGCCCAAGUUCCACCCCAACCAGAGCAGCCCCAUCCCCGCAGGAGCGCCCUCGGCCUCCUCUGUUUUUUCCUCGCACCCGUAGUAGCAGCUCCACACGCCCGUGGAUCCCCUUUGCCUCGCCUGAGCUCGCCGGGGAGCAGAGCACCACGGCGCCCGAGUUCCUGCGCCCCCUCUUGAUCCAGGAGGCCGAGCUCCCUUGCCUGAGGCCGCCGUCUUCGACCGGCCUCGUCAGACGCCAUCGCCCUGCUGCCUUCUCCUUCCUGUUCGAUCCGGAGGAGAGGAGCUCCGCCAUGGCCUCGCCGUCAAGCAGCUCGACCCCGCCGCGGCCUCAAGUCCUCUGCCCGUCGCCAUGAACGCCGCAGGAGCACCAAUGCCACCAGCAGCCGUGCGCCUCCUCCCUCGUCCCAGCGGAGCCCCGUCCUCUCCGCGCCUGUCCAGUGUGCCCGGCGCUCCAACCCCAAGAAGCAGCAGCGCCCGAGCGCUCCUCUCCUCGCCGCUCCUCCGCCGCCCUGCUCAGUUCGUCGCCGUCUCCGCAACAUCCGGCGAGGCCCUGCGUUCCCAGCCUCGUCCCCGCCUCCAGGCCGCCGCUGCGUCCCCUGCUUGUCGUCGCGCCGGCUUCUGCUUCCUCUUCUUCAAGCAGGAGUUCUGCUCGUCCCGCGCGCCUGACACCGAGCAGCUGCGCUCGUUCUCGAGAGCGUUGACCAAGCCCAGCGCCGCCCCAGCCUCAUCCGGCCCAGCCGCCCCCUCUCCACCAGCAAGCCAGAUCUGGCCCGUGGUGAGACACCCACCGAAGCCCACCCGUGUGCAGCGCUCGCAGUAGCUGGCCCAGUUCAGCUAGAUUCGGCCUGAUAUGUUUUUUCCUUUCCCAGCGAAUUUAGUUAUUAUCCCGGGUUUUGUUGUUUUUACAGAAAAACCCUCCACAUCAUGCAUGUAAUAUCUCACGAACUAUGCAUCAUAUGUAAAAACUUCAUAUAUGUGAAAUGCUUAGUUUUUAAUCUAGUUUCAUAAUAUGCCAC